UCACAGACUCAGGGGCAGAUUUACAUUUUAACCUAACGGCGGGUGGGCUGGAAUAUAAAAAAAACCUACAGAAAAUAACCCAGUCUCCCUCCCCCAUAACACAUUUGCAACAACACCAUCAUUUCUUCCCAAUUAAACGAAUCCAGGUACUUAAAGUUGAUCUGCGAACGGGGCAAAGAGAAAAAAGAAACAAGGCACUUUGGUGCAGGGUUUGGAGAGAGGAAGAAAAGGCGGAAGUUUGAUGCUUUAAUUAUUUAGAAAAAAUAUAUAUAAAAGAGGCAGACAGAUGUGAGGCGGGUCCACGUGGUUUUUUUUCAGACACAGAGAUCUAUUGUUCAGAUCAAUAAAAAGGCAGAGUCUGAGGGAAAAAAGGAGACAAAUCUUUGGAUUUAAAACCCGGCAGAGAGAAAAAGAAAACAAAAAAAAGAAUUAUAUUUUGCGACUUUCAAUCAAGUUGGUGGAUAUUUAAUCACCUAGAGAAAGAGCUGAAUUUGCUUUUUAAAAAAAAAGCACUCAAGAAACGAAUUUUUUUUGUUCAAAGGGGGGAAAAAAGAAUUGGGGAUUUUUUUUUGUUUGUUGUUGUUGUUGCUGCCUGAGACAAGAUGCCUCGCAAGAAGGUGGAGAAGAAGAAAAUAAAAGGUGGAAGGAAAAGGGAAAGGGACUUCAGCGAUGAAGAGGAGCUGGAACUGGAGAACUCGGGCAAGAAGAUGGGCAAGCCGGCCCUGCAGACCGUCAACGAGCCCGAGGAGACCAAGGAGAAAAUAAAACUCGAAGGAUCCAAGCACAAAGGUCAGCUUCUUAUCUGUGGAGCCACAAACUGGGACCUGAUUGGUCGUAAAGAAGUUCCCAAGCAACAAGCUGCAUAUCGCAACCUGGGACAGAAUCUGUGGGGCCCAAAUCGCUAUGGCUGCCUUUCAGGAAUACGUGUGCGGACAGUGUCAUCAGGAUCCUGUGCUGCUCACAAUCUCAUCAUUACUACAGAAGGAAAGAUCUGGAGCUGGGGUCGAGGUGAGAAAGGACAGCUUGGACAUGGAGACACAAAGCGAGGAGAGGUCCCCAAACUUAUUGAUGCUCUCAAAGAUCAGACAAUAGUCGCAGGAGCUUGUGGACGUAAUCACAGUCUCUGUUUAACAGAAAAUGGAACAGUUUAUGCAUUUGGUGAGAACAAAAUGGGACAACUUGGCCUUGGAAACCAGACCGAAGCAGAGCCCUGCCCUGCACAGAUUAUGUACAAUGGCCAGCCAAUUGUGAAAAUAGCCUGCGGUGCAGAAUUCAGUAUGAUCGCUGACUGCAAAGGGAACCUUUAUUCUUUUGGUCAUCCAGAAUACGGACAGCUUGGUCACAACUCUGAUGGAAAAUUCAUUGCUCGGGCCCAGAGAAUUGAGUUUGACUGCGAGGUGGUGCCACGGCGGGUAGCCAUCUUCCUGGAGAAGACUAAAGAUGGUCAAAUCUUACCAGUGCCAAACGUUGUUGUCCGUGAAGUGGCCUGCGGAGCAAAUCAUACGAUUGCUCUUGAUUCUCAGAAGAGGGUGUUCACUUGGGGCUUUGGAGGGUACGGUCGCCUUGGGCACUCCGAACAGAAGGAUGAGAUGGUCCCACGCCUUGUUAAACUGUUUGACUUCCCUGGUCGUGGUGCUGUACAGAUCUGCGCAGGAAACACCUGUUCAUUUGCAGUAAAUGAAAUGGGUGGCUUGUUCUUCUGGGGUGCAACCAACACCUCUCGUGAUUCCACAAUGUAUCCCAAAGUGGUGCAGGACCUUUGUGGGUGGAAGGUUCGAAGCCUUUCCAGUGGGAAAAGCAGCAUCAUUGUGGCAGCUGAUGAGAGCACAAUCAGCUGGGGACCGUCACCUACCUUUGGAGAACUGGGCUAUGGAGACAACAAACCCAAAUCCUCCACUACUGCACAGGAGAUAAAGACCUUGGAUGGUGUUUAUAUUGAGCAGGUUGCUAUGGGCCAUGCUCAUUCACUGAUGAUAGCAAGAGAUGAAAGUGAUGCAGAAAAAGAGAGGAUUAAGAAGUUGCCUGAAUAUAACCCACGGAUUAUCUGAUGUAGCCUGAGCAGCCACACAUGAAAGCUUCACUUGAACAAAGGCAGCUGAAGUUUACAGUGCACUGGUCAAUGAGAUAAAAAUCCACACUGAACAGGGAGCCAGGCAAUGGACAACAUCUUAGAAAGAGAUUUUCCAAUUCAUAAAAAUAUUAGUGGUACUUACACGAUCACGAUUACAAACGCAGCUAUGUAGUGUUUCCAGAGCAACUGAUUUAACAAUGCACGCAGAUAGUUAAUUUUACUUGUGUUCUUUGGCCAAUGUGUUGCCAUUGGUUUGGUAAUGGCCAAUUCCUAUUGAUGUGUUGGAACUCCUUGUAUUUUUUUUAAACCCAGGUUUGGCUCUUUUAAUUGGCCAGUAAGAGUGGCGUAAACAAGCUGAAACAUUUGGAACCAUGACCUUCAAUUGGCUGCACUAAAUUUAAUCAAGCUGGCAAGUUGUAUUUUCUACCGUUUUAACUCUGGGCUGGCCAGAUGUAAUGGCUGAUGGUGAUAUAUUGGUCAUUUACUAAAUUUCUUCCUCAUUAUUUUUGGUGGGUGCAGGAAUUCUUCAACAAUUCAGCGAACUACUGUAGUCUAAAAAUGCAAGUCCAUGUUUUCUAACAGCAUUUCUGUAGGGCAAGACAAGACCUGGGUAGUUAAGUUGAGAUUUGGUGUUUUUUUAAAAAAAAGGGCACUUCUGCACUGCCCAUGAAGUUUUUUUGGAGGAGCUGUGCUCCAGCAAAGACCCCUGAUCACUUUGAAAACCACUUGCUCUAUUUUGAUAAACUGCAUUUUGAUGAGUUCUGAAGAGAAAAGUUUGCAUUCCAUGCUUCUGACUGCUAUACUUGGGCUUCUGUUUUCAUUGAGAUCAUGGGUCAUGUUGUAUUGCUGCUGAAGGCAGGAGCACAACAUGCUUGUUGUCAACAGCACAUAGUGUGAAGCUGCCUUAUUGUUCCCAACUCUGGCGGAUUCAUUACCAAUAAAGAUUUAAUUUGGAUUUGGUGAUUUGCUUAGUACAACACCAAGUAAAGUUAUUUCUCUUCCCAUUCCUGGUCUAUUUAAUUAAACCUCGUGUUCGGUUACAGUUCUAUUUCUGAUAAGCUAAUGGUACAGUUUUUCUACCUUAGGCCAUUUCCCAUAUUUUUCCCCUUUAAGGGGAAUGGUGGGGUAUCUAGGUCAAAUCUUUGUGCACUAACUUUAUCAGCUCAGAUCCCCACUGUUUAGGAUAUUUUUGUUAAGUCAUUAGAGCUUGUUUGAGACUUUUCAAUCUGUCAUUUAUAUAUGCUGGGAUUAAACCAUUCCUUGGCUGUUUUCCCCAUUGGGGGAUGGAGUGAAAUUGACACUACAGUCAGCAAGAGUUGGAAGGUCCCGAGGAACACAAAGCAAGGAAACUGCCAAGAUGAUGAAGAAGUGGGGUCCCAUUUUAUAUUGAGUACUAGUGGCUUAACAACUUCAUUAUCUGAUAUCUUUGCUGUUCAGAGAUUGGAUUGGAGCAUUUUUUUAAAUAAAGAUGUUUUUAUUAGAUACAGAACAGUUUGUUCAACUACAGGCUGUUUUGAGAAUGUAUCUGUAUUCUCUGAAUUCAGCCUAUACACUUAAUGGCAAGGCUUAUAUGGACGUGUUGGGUAUUAUAAACAUGUUGACUUUCUUGUAGCAUUAGUCAGCAAUUUUCAUGUUAAAAUUUGAAUGCUGCAGCCGUGUUACUUUGUUCUAAAUUCCAGUGUCCUUGGUUUGUCAGAGGGAUUUCUCAUCCAUUAGUACUGUGCUGCACGAAUGAGACCAAACAAAUAGAUGAACCUUGUACAGUAAAUGCAAAAUGGCUUUCUCAUUUCUCUCUAUUAAUUACCAGAGUUUCAACACUUGUCCUCCAUUGGCAACCCUUCCAUUACUUUGUGGCCUGACCAGCUGUAAUGUGUGCAAUAUUGAUCAUUUCUCAGUGGUGCCAAUGCACUGAAGUUACAGCAUGGCUGUAUAUAAAAUCUCUUAAUAGUGUGGCUCUUGCUCGGGUCAUUCAGAAAACCAUGCAUCUGACUCCACCUAUGCAAAACUGUGACUCUGAGAUUUUAAAUCUGGUUCUUGCAGCCUUCUUUGAACAGGAUAAAAAGUAUUCCCCAUAAAGCAUUCUUUUUGGAGAUGAUACUAGAAAAAUGGGGUUACUGCACAAGAUCUUUCCAGCAUUUGGUUCAGCUGCUGCAGAUCUAAAAUGACUAGUAGUUUCCCUAUUUUUCGUCUUGUAACCCUUAAAAUACAUUAAGAUAAAUUUUAACUGAUUUGGUAUUCUGAUGCCCAAGAUGAAUGUGCUGGAAGAACCUUAAUAGUUUGGUUAUAUCACUCUAUAAGCAGAGCUGGCAAGAUGAAGGAUUCAGACGUGAGUAAACCAAUAUAUUUAACAAUUUGUGGUUUAACUGAUCCACAACUUAGUCACCAUUUUGUACUACUGUUAAUGCCCCAUGAUCUCUGGGGCAGUGGUGGUGGAUCCUCCUUUUAUGUGCAGCCUCUGAUUUGGAGGUGGUAAGACAUCUCGGUGCUAGCAAUGCUGAUAUGAUGUCUUGCGUUACCUUUAGCAUUGGGUGUGCUUCAAGCUGCACAACCUUCCUUUGAAGAAGCUGAAAAUUGGCUGCCACAAUAACCAAGAAUCUAAACUUGCACCAAUGUGAAAGUCGUGCUCAAACAAUCGCAUAUUUAAAUCUGAUGUAAAACGCAUCUGUUUACAAGUUUCCUAAUUUCAGCCCUUGCAGGAGUGGAACAGAAUUCUGUCCUGUGAAAUGUUGAAUACAUUUUCCUAAUCACUUAUUAAUUAUUUUUUCCUCCCCAGUUUUAAUUUGCCAGCUAUUUUGUCCACCUUCAUGCUGGACUGUCUGACUUUAGUUGUCCCUGUCUUGGGAUUGUGAAACCCUGCUAAGCCUCUGUGCUGAAAGCUGAUCGUGCGGUAAUGGGGACUGUGUAUUUUUUUAUAUUGAUCCUUUUUCUACAGUGGGAUUUAAUGACCCUGUGUGACUCUAUUAUGUUCAUGUCUUCCUGUAGCAGCCAAUGUUUAAAUAUCCAAGAUGGCAAAUGUGAAAAGUUGGCCCAAAUUUCACUCUUCUUUUUCUUCUGGUUUCAAAGGUCCAGGCUUUAUAGCAUUGGGUAUAGAUGUACCACAGAACUUUGCAGGUGCAAGUUGCACAGACAGUGUAUUGCACCAGUAGCUGUGAGUAUGCACUCUUUUCUGUAAGUGUUGCAUGGUAUUCCACCAGACUAUCUCAAAAAUAAAGUAACUUGAUUAAUUUCGGAGUCGCUGCUAUCUUUCGAAUGCUGAGCUGGCUGGAAUUUGGGUAUAAAAUGAUUAGCAUAGUUAGACUUAGUACAAGAUAACAGUGCUGUCCUCUGGGAAGUUUGAACCUGGUUGUUUUGUUCUCUUAAAUGUUUCUCCUUGGGGUAAACGGCAAGCUGUUGGUGCUGUUCAGUGUCUUAUGCCAAAUGGCCUGUAAUCAGCUGCACUUGUAUUACUGAACGUGAGUAUUUCUUGUGCUUGUACAGAUUAUUUCUAGUUAUUCACUCCAGAUAUCUACAACAUGAUUGUGUCCAUUUAAUUUUUAAUACUGUAGAUGGGAGUCCAGCUGGACUUUAAACAAGACUCUUGUCAAUUUCAAAUUUCCAAAUUUGGAAAGGCAUAUAUUCAGGUAAAGUAGUAAGUUGUUCAUCUUACUUUUUAAAAACAAAAUGUUUGUGGAAAAAUGUGUUGACCAAGACUUGAAGCUAUUGUAGUUUAAACUCUUCUCACUAAACUUCACAACAGCAUAAAACCCUUUUCAGGGGAGGGGAGGGGGGAAAGAAUUGUUGGGGGGAGUAGGUGCUAGAAUUUUGCUGUCCUCCAUCAGCUAAGUUACCCCAAAGGAGAACGAUUCAGAAUUGUUCAUUGUGUAACUAUUGUGCCUAGGGAAACAAUUCCACUGCAAACAGAAAGAACAUCUAUUUGUUGUGUUAAUGGUUUCCCUGUCAUCUCAAAACUAAUAAUAGAAUUGAACAUCUGCAAAUUUUUGACAUUUUCCAAGUAGAGGUGAACUGUCAGCUUGUUUUAGUAAGAUGGGUGGAGAGGGAGCAUCUCCUUUUAAUGCUGGUUAAUAGUGACUAGCUUCUUGGCAUCAUUAGGUUAGGAAGUGAAUUUUGUAGUUAAUUAGUUGCCUGUUCAGUGCUGUAAACCUUUUUUCUUUUUUUUACUUUUGUAUUUCCUGCAAUAAAUUGAAUAAAUUUUGCCUUGUGUUUCCUUCCA